CCGCUCCCGGGGUGCGUGCACACCCCCGUCCAUGGGUUGUUCAGCAGCGUGUUUUACCUUUCAGCUGGCGGGGUCGGCUGUCAUUGCUUUUGGACUAUGGUUUCGGUUCGGAGGCACCAUGAAGGAUUUCUCAUCAGAAGACAAGUCGCCAGAGUAUUUCUACGUGGGGCUCUACGUGCUGGUUGGAGCGGGGGCCCUGAUGAUGGCCGUGGGCUUCUUCGGGUGCUGCGGAGCCAUGCGGGAGUCACAGUGCGUGCUCGGAUCUUUUUUCACCUGCCUGCUGGUGAUAUUUGCUGCUGAAGUAACCACUGGAGUGUUUGCUUUCAUAGGCAAGGGUGUAGCCAUACGACAUGUUCAGACCAUGUAUGAAGAGGCUUAUAUCGAUUACCUUAAAGACAGGGAGAAGGGAAAUGGGACUCUCAUUACUUUCCACUCGACAUUUCAGUGCUGUGGAAAAGAAAGCUCUGAACAGGUCCAGCCCACAUGCCCAAAGGAGCUUCUCGGGCCCAAGAAUUGUAUUGAUGAAAUUGAGACCAUAAUCAGUGUGAAGCUCCAGCUCAUCGGAAUUGUCGGUAUUGGAAUUGCAGGUCUUACGAUCUUUGGCAUGAUAUUCAGCAUGGUCCUUUGCUGUGCAAUACGAAACUCACGAGAUGUGAUAUGAAGCUACUUCUAUGAAAAUUGCAAUCUAGAAUUUUCAUGGAAAUGUCACAGGAGCUAUCUGCCGGCUCAUUUUUAAUAUUCGAAGGACAUUAGGACCUAAAAUAAUUUGCUGUCGAUUGUACAUUUGCACAUGUAUGUAUGUUUGGCUCAUUCCUGGUUUACCCCUCAAGUGAAUGCCUAUGUGUAUUGUCUGAGAGUGAGCGCAUAUUCACGUGUGGUCUGCAUGCCUCUGGCAUACGCAUCACGCAGGAUGAAACUGGUUUGCCGGGUAGGGAUUCCUGAUGUUCAUUAUGUGAAAGGAAUGACAUAUUUAACUCUCAGAAAAAAAAAAAAUGAUCAAAAACUCUGAUAUACUUUUAAAACUUGGCUAUUCAAAAGAGUGAUAAUGGAUCAGUUUCUCAGAUUCCAGCCAUAGAAAGUGAGAUACAGAGAAUUCAGGGAUUUCUAGUUAACAGAAGCAAUAAGCUCCUGGAAUGGAGAGAUCAUGGCAUAGUCAUGUUAUAAAUGACUGUGUCUGAGUAGAGUGUAAGGGUUUCCUGGGAUUUUUUUAAUAUACAUACUCUCCCCCAGAAUACAGUAAACCACAGUUUUAGAACUAAACACAUCUGUAAAACUAAAUAUAGCAUGGAAAAUCUAAUUUGAAUAAGUCAUACUUUCCUAGUAUUUUUAAAAAAAAAAAAAAACCCUCUCUCUGGAAAGAGGGCUUACAU